AUGGCCAGCGAAAGCUUCCCCGUCCAAGGCACUCCCUCAGCUCCAGUUACGGCGCCGGUGGGCAGCGAGCAGGCAGAGCCAAUCCACAGUGUAUUGAACACCUCUCACACGGACAGUGAGCCAGUCACCCUCGAGAAGGCAAAGGCUGCCGCAGACACCGAUAGCCUAGGAGCCUCCAGGGAACUGACGGGUGCACAGCCGCCAGUCGCAGAUCACCCUCUCGGCGGUGUUGCAGCCUCAGAAGGCCAAGGUUCAGUGGAAGCAGCCGAUGCAAUCCCAAUAGGACAGAAGAAGGAAGAACCAACCCCAGAAUGGUCCAAGCCCGCACCAGAACCAAAUAUCGGUGAAAAGCGUGAUAUCAACUCAACUGCAGCUCCUAUCGCGGCUUCUGUCUCCGAUGAUAAGGAUGAGCCUGUCAUCGAGAAGCCGGGUGAGCCGGAUGCAAAAAAGCAAAAGACUGAGUCUGAACCUGUCAAAGAACCCACUCACCAACCUGCUAAGGAUACCAAUGGCACCGCGCCUGCCCCCGCUACUGGUGAUACCAAUGGAGAGCCGAAAAAGGCUGCACGACCGAAGAAGGAAAAGGUCAAGGAUGCCGUGAAGAAGGUCAUUCCAGGCGAUGGAAUCGGCAGCCGGACUCGCAGCCGAACCAAGCCGACUUGA